CCUGCCAGAGUCUCUCCACCAUGGCUACCAAGAGCCUGUUAAAGAGUCCCCAAUAUGAAGCAACUUGUUCCAUUUGUUUGGAAUAUUUUAGAGAGCCCGUGACCCUCAACUGUGGGCACAAUUUCUGCCACGCCUGCAUAGCUCAGUACUGGGAGACUCUGGAGGCUACCGCGACCUGUCCUCAGUGCCGAAAAACGACUCAGCAAAGAAGCUUCAGGCCGAACAAGCAGAUGGCGAACCUUGUCGAGAUUGUCAAGCAGAUGAAGGCUGCACAGGUGACACCAGCAGGGCAGGAGAGAGCCUGUGAGAGGCAUCAGGAGGGUCUGAAACUCUUCUGUGAGGAAGACCAAACUCCCAUUUGUCUCAUCUGUCAUCUGGCCCGGGAACACAGAGACCACACCGCCUUUCCCAUAGAGGAAGCUGCUCAGGAUUACAAGGGAAAAAUUCAAAUUCAUGUGAGUGUCCUAAAGGAAGAGAAAACAGAACUGGAGAAACUUCAUACAGCUGGGGAGAGAAAAUGCGAGAAGAAUAUUAAAAAGAUAGAGGCUGAGAAACAGAAGGCUGUGUCUGCAUUUCAAGAGCUGAGGUGCUUUCUAGAGGAACAAGAGCAGCUCAUCUUUGCCCAGCUAGAGCAGCUGAAGGAAAAGUUUGUCAAAAUGAGGGAUGAAACGCUCACAAAACUCUCUACGGAGGUCUCCCGUCUUGCUACACUGAUUGCUGAAAUGGAGGAGAAGUGUCAACAACCAGCCAUUGAAUUCUUGGAAGACAUCAGAAGCACCUUGAACAAGUGUCAACAAGGAGAAUUUCAGAAGCCAGCAGAUAUUUCUCCUGAGCUAGAAAAUAGUCUUGUUAACUUGACUGAAAAGAAUACUGUUCUAACCAAGGCUUUAAAAAAAUAUAAAGGUCUUCUGUCAUCUGAACUGAAGAAACAAAAUGAUCCUGAUGUUUAUGAGACAGUGAAGGUGACUCUGGAUCCAGAAACAGCCAGUCCUUUCCUCAUCCUGUCUCCAGAUUUGGAACGUGUGCAACUAGGGGUUACACAAAGAAUUCUGCCCCCAAGUUCCAAGAGAUUUGAACACUACCAUUGUGUGCUGGGCAAUGAUGGAGUCACCUCAGGCAGAAUUACCUUUGUGGUGGAUGUGAGAUUCAAAUGGGGCUGGGCAGUUGGAGUUGCCAAAGAAUCUGUAAACAGAAAGCAAAGAGUUACUCUUAAGCCAGAGGAGGGGGUAUGGGCCCUCAGGUUUGCCAACGGAAAAUACCAAGCCCUCACUUCACCUCGCACUAACUUGCCUCUGGCACAGAAGCCCAGGAAAAUUAGAGUUUUCCUUGACUAUGAAAGGGGAAAAGUGGUCUUUUGUGACGAGUCAGAUACUGAAAUUUACUGUUUCAAAACUUCUUUCAAUGAGAAAAUCUUCCCUUUCUGCCAGAUCACUCAUUUGAAAGCCCACCUUAGGUUCUGUUUGUGAAAGAAAGACGGUAUACAGUCUUCUGAGCAGCACUGUAGCAUAGGAGACAGAGAGACUGUAUGUGUGGUGUAGCAGCUACACUGUCAGAGUAGGACUGUGGGAAACCCUGAACCAAAUCCUCACUCUGUCUUGAAGCUCCCUGGAUGACCUUGGACUGCUCACCUCCAUCAUCUUAUCCCACCU